AUGGAACAGGACACCCGUCCCCGAGACUAUCGUCACCGAGACCGAGACACCCACUCGCAACCACACUCUCGCUCCCGCUCUCAUUCCCCAGACCGAAGCCACCGUCACCACCGUCGCCGUAGACACAAUCGUCACCAUCGCUAUCGCCAUCAUCGCAGCACUCGCAAUGACCAUGAAAAUGACCGUCAUGACCGCCAUGACCGUCAUGAACGUCGCGACCACCACCAUCCAACGACAACAACAAAACCACCGAGCGACCCAAUAAUCCUACCCUUCAACGCACGCGAACUCUCGAAACAUGACCUCUCCACAUACGAACCCAUGUUCGCAAUGUACCUGGAUAUCCAGAAGGGGAAGUGGAUAGAUGAUAUGGGCGAAGAGGAGGUUAAGGGACGGUGGAAGAGUUUCGUGCGGAAAUGGAACCGUGGAGAACUCGCCCGAGGAUGGUACGAUCCUAGUACUCUCGAAAAGGCCCAUCAUGGCGCAGAUGAGAGCCGUCCUCCCCCAGCAUGGUCUGCUGGGAAACGUGCAUCCCCUGGUUAUGAAGGAGGAGCCGGUAUUGAAAAGGAUGGUAUGGAUGAUGUUGAUGACGACGAGGAUGACGAUGAAGACUACGGCCCGAAUCUCCCUUCAGGGCUACAUGUGACAAAACCCAGUGGUCCGUCAUCCGGUCCAGCAAUUCCUACCAUGCAAGACUUGGAGUUGCGGAAAGAAUCCGCAAUAGAAGACGCUAUCGAAGCCCGCCAUGAUGCCCGAAAGCAACACCGCGCCGAAGUACACUCCCAUAAGUCUGAAAUGCGCCAGAUAGAAGACGAAGUCGCCCCAAGGGCCGAACCAGGCACGCACGAACGUCGCAUGCAAAAACGCCAGGAAGCGUCUGCCUCGAAUCGCGCGUUUGCCAAUUCUCGUCGGGGUGGUUCGCCUGGUGCGGCGGCUCCUGAUGAGGUGCUGAUGGGUUCGGGCGAGAAUGAUUUGGCGGAAUUGAAGAAGGAGCAGGAAAAGUUGCAACGGAAGAAGAAUGAACGCGAGAUUAGGAGAGAGGAAAUUAUGCGGGCGCGUGCCGCAGAGCGAGAAGAGAGAGUCCAGCAAUAUCGACAAAAGGAGGAAGAUACCAUCGGCUGGCUCAAAACCCUGGCGAAACAGAGAUUCGGUUGA